AUGUCUAAUAUUUAUAAAUUCAUAAUUAUUGUAGCAAGUCUUCCAAUUCAUGAUAAAAUUGAACAAGAACUGAAAGAACAAAACACAGGGAUUGUAAAGAUCAAAUUUCCUGUUAAAGAACUUGAUGAUCUUAAUGUACGAGAAAAAAUCCACAAUACAUUCAAUACUGAAAGAAUUGGAUUUGAUCUAUUCAUCAAAUGGAGAAAAAGAAAUGAUUCAUGCAAACCUCAAACUAUUUGUGUAGUCGAAAAUAGAGAUUUCAGACCUGAUAUUGCUCUUCCUACUGGACUAAACCUCUUUCAUGAUAAUCCUAAUCCUGGAAUUAAUACAACUAAUGCAACUAGUCAAUCUAUGUGUCCUACUAGCAUACUAUAUGUUUGUCAUUGGGAUUCAAAUAAUAACAAAAUCUGGUACCAAAUAGAUUGGAAUCAUUAUAUUACUCUUAGAUGUGGUCUAACAAUAGAUUUUAAUGUUAUACUUAUUGAGUUGGUUUAA